UGCCAGUGAGACAGCAUAUGGCUGUGUAGCAUAUCUACGGGCAGUUAUCAAAGGAGAAGUGAAAUGCGCUUUGGUGAUGAGCCGUUCGAAGGUGGCCCCACUAAAGCAAUUAUCGAUUCCAAGGCUGGAACUUCAAGGUGCAGUGUUAGGAGCUCGCUUAGUACGAACGAUACAUGAUAAUCACAGCUUCAUAAUAAACAAACAGUUCAUUUGGACCGACUCGCAGACGGUCUUGUCUUGGAUUCGCUCUGACCAACGCAGAUACAAGCAGUUUGUCGGGUUUAGGAUUGGAGAGAUCUUGAGUCUUACGAAGCUGACAGAAUGGUACUGGGUACCAACAAAAUUGAACGUGGCGGACCAGCUAACCAAAUGGAGCAAAGACUUAGAGCUACUUUCGAAUAGCUCAUGGGUUACAGGUCCAAGAUUUUUGUACCUAGACGAGGAAGAUUGGCCGAAGAAGAACAUGCCGCCAGCAAAUACAACGGAAGAGUUGCGGGUCCAUUUACUUUUGCACGAUACAGUCAUCGCAGAGAGUUUAAUCGAUUUCCGUCGUUUUUCUAAGUGGACAGUACUUGUAAGAACCAUGGCUAUGGUGUGUCGAUUUCUAACUAAUUGCAAAAAAAAGUCCAAGGGAGUGCCGAUAGAAACAAUUAAAGCAACGUCAAAUCAACAAAGAAUGCUCAUCAAACAUAGUGUUCGAUCAAUUCGUGUACCCUUACAGCAGCAUGAAUAUCAAAAGGCGGAACGAUCACUGUUGAAAUCAGCGCAAAUCGAGGCUUACAAAGACGAGUUGAAAGUUUUAUUGCAUAACAAGGGUCGGCCAAUAAACGAGUGGCUGAAAAUAGAAAAAACAAGUGUGAUGUACAGGCUGACACCUCUGGUCGAAGAAGACGGUUUGAUUCGCAUGGAAGGGCGUGCAGCGAAUGCGGAGAUGCUCCCGUUUGAUUUACGUUUUCCAAUAAUCGUACCGGAUGAUCAUCCGAUUUCGAUUCUGAUAGUACACCAUUUUCAUGAAAAGUUUGGUCAUGGGUAUCGGGAAACCGUUAAGAACGAAUUGAAACAGCGAUACCACAUUCCGAAAGUCAACGCUGUAAUCCGCAAAGUCUCAUCAGCCUGUUUAUGGUGUAAAGUUCACCGUAAUCGACCUCGUGCUCCACGGAUGGCUCCAUUACCGAUACAAAGAUUAACUCCGAAUAUUCGACCUUUCAGUCAUGUUGGAGUUGAUUACUUUGGUCCAUUUGAGGUAACGGUCGGUCGCAGAAAGGAGAAACGAUGGGUAGUAUUGUUCACCUGCCUGGUAGUCAGAGCCGUUCACGUAGAAGUGGCGCACAGCUUGACAACGGAGUCAUGUUUAAUGGCGAUUCGACGGUUUGUGUGCCGUAGAGGACCUCCCAGUGAGUUUUUCUCGGAUAACGGCACAAAUUUACGAGGAGCUAGCAAAGAAGUGAUUGGCAUGGUACAAGCCAUCGGAUUAGACUGUGCUGAGGCAUUCACGAGCGCAAGAACAAAAUGGACUUUUAACCCACCCGCUACACCACACAUGGGUGGAGCGUGGGAACGGCUUGUUCGGUCCAUAAAAGAUGCUCUAGAAACGCUAAACGACGGACGGCGCAUGACUGAUGAGAUUUUGCAGACAUCCAUUAUUGAAGCGGAAGAGAUGGUUAAUUCUCGUCCACUCAUCUACAGUUCAGAGCAAUCGUCGGAAGCGGAAGCGCUCACACCAAAUAAUUUUCUUCGAGGUGUUUCCCCGAACGAACCACAUGCAACACCACCUCCGGUAAAUGCGGCUGAAGCGCUGCGAAAUUCCUACAAACGGUCUCAGCAAGUUGCUGAAGAUAUGUGGAAGCGGUGGAUAAAGGAGUACAUUCCAUCAGUGAAUCAGAGAACAAAAUGGUUUGAGGAGUCAAAGCCAUUGAAAGUAGGAGAUUUAGUCUACGUUGUCGAAGGUACAAAUCGGAGGUCAUGGAUUCGCGGUAUAGUAGAGAAACCGAUAGUCUCCAGUGAUGGCAGAAUACGUCAAGCCUGGGUACGCACCAAGAGCGGUGUCUUCAAACGCGCGGCAGUGAACCUAGCGGUGUUGGAGAUCACUGGUGGUAACACUGGUACUUGAGCCAUGCGUCGGACCAGGGUUACGGGUCGGGGAAUUGUUUGGAAUAACACCUUUGGCAACACUGCCGUUGAGUGAUGAAAGAUUUAAGAAAGAGAUAGAUGAAAGUUAAUAAGCAAAUAAAUGUCAAAAGGCAUUACUGGCAAAAUAGAAGAUAGGUUUGGCAGAAAUUGGAAGUUAUUGGAUAUUGUUUGCAGUUUUGAAUAUAUUAUCAAGCUAAUUUGUUCAACCAGUUUAUAGUUUCUAUUAAUUAAUUUAUUGGUAUCUAUAAAUUAAUAGAAUUAAAAGGUAUAAAACUUAUAUCUACGCGGAGUACGGAAGUAUUUGGCUUUCUAGUAAGGAGUUUAGGUGAGUUAUACGUUGAAGUAAGACUGCACAGACAAAUAUUACAAAUUAAAAUCAAACACGCAGAUUUAAAACUGGUUGACAAUUUCGGUUGACAAUUUGGACGGAUUGUGCUUAGUCAUUUGAAUAGGGAGAGAAGAAACUAAUUGUGAGUUGAAUUUGAUUGAUCGUUUAUACAUUUAAACUAAACAUAAAUAAAUUUGCAGCUUUGAUCUGCUUUAAAACGAGGCAGAUUUCAUCGAGAGUUUCUUGGGAGAAUUCCGAACACUGCUCGUGGAUUUUAUCCGACAAGGUUUUCACCGCCGAACGUUUAUUGAUUCUCGUGUGCUGCAUUUAAAUUUAAUUCACGAUCAUUUUCAAUGAUAAAUAAUAAUAUUAGUUAAUAAACAACGUGCUUUCAAAUCCACAAAA